AUGGCCACACCCGUCGCAGAAGUGCCAGUGGUGCCGACGCCGCAGGUAAAUGUGGUGGUUGAAAAGCCUUCCGCUGAGAAGACGCUCUCGAACUUCUUCACGAUGAUGGAUCCGCUUGUGCGACCCGUGGCGGAUACUUUCAGUAAGAUGCGUGAAAUCCGACGUUCACUCGCUCUCCCUAAUCUCGGCACUGUAGAAAAGAUGCAGAAUGAAGUCAAGAUGGUGCAGACCACGAACUUCCAGUUCGAGGGUGCUCGGGCAGACCUGACGAAGGCGCUCAACAUGAACCCGAUCUUCCAAGUGACGCAUGCAUUCACGCUCGGUGCAGCAGGAAAGAAUGCGUACAACUUUGGUGCUGUGUACGGUGACGAGAACCGCUUCUACCAAGCGGGUCUUGAUGACGCUGGAAAUGUAACGAUGCGUUUGAACCGCCAGUGGCUGCCAGGCCAUAUCUCGAAGAUCCAGGCGCAGCUAGCGCCUGCAGGGGGGCAGAGCUUUGUGCAGCUGGAGCACGACUUCCAAGGCUCUGACUACAGCAUCAACUUCAAGGCAUUGAACCCGUCGCCGACGAACAUGACGGGUAUCUACGUGGGUAACUACCUACAGACAUUAACGCCUCGCUUUGCUUUGGGAGCUGAGGCCGUGUACCAGCACCCAAGUCCUGAAAUUGAAGAAGCAAGCAUCGGCUACAUGGCGAAGUGGGUCGGUCCGGCGAAGGAGUGGAUCGCGACAGCCCAAUGGCAGCCCCAGGGUGUCGGUCAGCUCACAUACUGGCAUCAGCUGAGCGAGCAAGUUGAUGUGGCUAGUGAUCUCCAGAUGAUUAUGCUGCCGCAGCGCCGCGAUGCACAAGCAUCACUUUCGGCGCGUUACUCGUUCCGCAUGUCGUCGCUGCGUGCGCAGAUCGACAGUCUUGGUAAGCUGACGUCUGUGUAUGAGGCGCGUAUUUCGCCUGCCUUUGCAUUCACAUUCAGCGGCGAGCUGGAUCAUCUUAGCGGCGGAGCGAAGGUUGGACUUGGUGUAUCGAUUGAAAGUGGUGUUGAGCCUGUGGACCCAAUGGCCAUGCCGUCCAUGCCGCCGAGUGUGCCUAUGUAA